AUGCCUGGAGCUGCGGGUCAGAGCCCCGCCGCCCUCCCGCCCAGCAGCCUCCACAGCCUCUGCGCGUGGCUCGAUGGUCUCCCGCUCAGCCGCCCCAAGCGACACCUGGCCAGGGACUUCAGCGAUGGCGUGCUGGUGGCUGAGAUUGUGAAGCACUUCUACCCCCGGCUUGUGGACCUGCACAGCUACGUCCCCGCCUGCAGCACGGAUCAGAAGCUGAGCAAUUGGAGCCUUCUCAACAGGAAGGUCUUUCACAAGCUGCACUUGUCUCUCUCGGAGGCGGACAUUCACAAGGUGGUGGCCAACACACCUGGAGCCAUUGAGCCUAUUCUGUGUGCACUGAGGGUGAAGGUGGAGGCUAGCACCGUUCACGAUCCGGGACCUUCCAGUGUGGAUGCCGGUCAGCCGUGGCCAGCCUGUGCCUCACACCCCCACGUGGGCCUGCAGAGUCCUGUAGCAGUGUCCAGUGUGCAGACCCCCCAGAGCCAGAGCCAGGGCCAGAGCCAGAGCCAGAGCCAGGGUCAGAGCCAGAGAGUUUUGGACAGGACCCGCUGCUGUGCUGGCGGGGGCUGGGAUCCAGCAGUCGGGCCCUGGGAACACCUGGCCAGGGUCCAGCAGCAGCUGGAGGACAAAGAGCAGGCACUGUCCAUUCUUCAGGAGACCGUCAAGCUUUUGCAGAUGAAGGUGGUGAAGCUGGAGUACCUGGUACAACUGAAGGACCUCCGGAUCGGAGAGCUGAUGAGACCAUGGCCUGAGCAGCAGGACCGGGGCGCAGCCUGCCCCAAGUCAGCCAGACCCUGACCUGGAGCCCCUGGCGCCCCUGCUGCUCAGACGUCUGUGUGCGGGGACGAGGGCGG